AUGAAUACUGAUUCUGAUUUUAUAUAUAAUAAUCAACAAUGUAAACUUCAAAAAUUCAAUACAGAAAGAAAAGUUUCUGAAAUACUCUAUCUCUUUGAGAGAAAAUAUGAUAGUAAAAAUCAAUUCUAUCAUACUGGAAGCCGUCGAAAUUCUAACUAUAAUCAUGAUUAUAAACAACCGUAUCAACAAAAUCAAGGUGACCAAUAUCCACAACAUUAUCAAUACCCACCAGUAAAACAAGAACAACAACAACAACAACAACAACCUUUUAAACAAAACCAAGACGCACAAUAUCCACAGCAAUACCAACAAGUAAAGCAAGAACAAGUGAAAACAAAUCAGCCAAAGAAAGAACAGAUGAUACCAGAUCGACAAUCACCACAACAAAAGCAACAACAAAGAUAUCCAUUUGAAGAAGCAUGCAAGGAACUAGAAGAACAGCUGAAACAAAAAGAGAAAAUGUAUCAGAAGCAGAUUGAACAGAACAUACAAGCAUUGAAAAAGGUAGAAGAUAAGGAGGAAAAAAUAAAGAAACUCAAGAAGGAGAAAUCUGAAGUAAAGAAAGAAUUGAAUUGCUCAAAGCAAAAGUUAGAAUCAACAAUAGCAGAAAAAGAAGCAUUAAAGAAAAGAAUGGCUGAAAUACAUAAAUUAGCAACUGCAAAAAGAAUGAGAAUUAAAAAGAUUUAA